AUGCUCUUUUCUCAGAUGGUCUUUGAAGAGGUCAGUGCCAUUCAGGAGAACCUGGAGAUCGAGAGGACAUGCAGAGAAAGUGCUGAAGCCCUGGCCUCCAAGUUAAACCGUCAGAACCGCUCUCUGAAGAGGAAGAGCAUGAUGCUGCUGUCCCACAUCAGCCCAGAGACCAUCACAGAGAUCAACCUUGAGGAUGAAGAAGACGAGGAGGAGAGUGAGGAGAUACAGGUAGCCAGCAAGGUCUGCCUCUCCUCCCAGUGCCAGACCAUCAUCUCAGGCAUCUGCUACUGA